AAUUUAACCUGGCUUGUGAUCGGUUGGCAGCAAGACCCGGACAGCCAUGUUUGGGAAUGGGUAGGGGGUUGAGGAUACUGGUCUCGAGACUUUCAUUUACUCACACCCGGGUGGACUCACUGAGGACUUUACCAACAAGCCAGAUGUCUCUCUCGGAGAUCACCCCCACGCUGUUCCUGAGCGGCGCCGAUGGAUCCCUGAACCAGCCGCUGCUCCGCCGCAAGUGCAUCACGCUCAUCGUCAACGCCACCGUCACGCACCCGUGCGCCGCCUACCCGGGCGUGGAGUGCGUCCGCGUGGCCGUCUGCGACCUGCCCACCGCCCGGCUGGCCGACCACUUUGAGCGGGUGGCCGAGCGUAUCCACGGCAACAAAACGGGCGGCACGUUGGUGCACUGUGUGGCGGGCAUGAGCCGCUCGCCGGCGCUGGUCAUGGCCUACCUGAUGCGUUACCGCGGCGCCACGCUGCGGCGGGCGCACGCCUGGGUGCGCGAGAGCCGGCCGUGCGUGCGCCUCAACGCGGGCUUCUGGGAGCAGCUGCUGCGCUACGAGCGUCGGCUGUACGGGGAGAACACGGUGAGGGUGCUGGCCCCGCUGGACGACAGGGCUCCGCCGCCACCGCCGGCUACCCCGAGGCCGACGCGGUCGCAGCGGGAGGCGGCGCCGACCUACGGGCCGCCCCGGGCCGGGCCGGUUCUGGCCAGACCGCAGAGGAGGACGGACGCUAGCAAGUCGACGCGUGGCGGCGGCGCUAGGAACCCUCAGGUGUUGAACAGGUUCAUAACGACGUUGUGAACCGGUUCAUCACCUGAGGCCCGGGCUGGGAGCCCGGAGCUGAAGUGCGGACGAGGACUCCUGGCCGUGUUCCGGUGGAUUCCAAGGGAAAACGUGGUCUGGGUCUUUGGGAGGGGGGGGUGGUCCUACACACUCGGAGGAUGUGUUGUAGCCAGCGGCGAAAGCGUCGUCGGGGUGACGCAGAAUAGCAGCCAGCAUUCGCAUGGCGGUGCAGAGCACCAUGUAUCUGUAAAUGUGCAGAAUGCACAACUGUGCAUUCUGCACAUUUACACAACAGUUGCAACAACUGUGCCAUCAGGUUGUAGGGAGGUGCGCGGGGGAGUUGGGCUUAUGGGGA